CCACAAUCGCUCGUCCCAAGCGUUCGCACCCGCCGCCGCCGCCGCCGCCGCCUCCUCACUAAUCUCCGGGGACCUAAACCUCGACAGUACCCUACCCUCCAAGCUCCCUCCGCCUCCCGUUUUUCGUUCCUCCGCCGCGCCGCCACCGCAAGGCUCUCCCGCCUCGCGCCGUGCCCGGGACGAUACGAUGGUGGGGCUCUCGGAGGGGGAGAAGCACUUCAUCCGCGGCGGCAUCGCGCAGGACCUCCGGGCCGACGGCCGCAGGCGGCUGCAGUUCCGGGCCCUCACCGUCGAGACAGGAAUCAUCCCUCAGGCCAACGGCUCGGCGCGUGUUAGGAUGGGUGCGACCGAAGUCAUCGCCAGCGUCAAGGCUGAGUUGGGGAAACCAACCAUUCUUCAUCCCGACAAAGGAAAAGUUUCCAUUUAUGUUGAUUGUAGUCCAACUGCUGCGCCUAUGUUUGAGGGUAGAGGUUCGGAAGAAUUGUCUGCUGAGCUCUCUGUUGGGCUGCAAAGAUGUUUACUGGGUGGUAAAAGUGGUGCAGGGGCUGCAAUCGAUUUAUCGUCUCUGAUUGUUGUUGAGGGAAAAGCCUGCUGGGAUCUGUACAUUGAUGGACUUGUGGUCAGUUCUGAUGGUAAUUUGCUUGAUGCACUGGCGGCUGCGAUAAAGGUAGCUUUGAGUGAUACAGGUAUACCAAAAGUUAAUGUUUCUCUUAAUAAUGAAACGGAUGGGGAGCCUGAGGUUGAUAUCAGUGAUGAAGAAUUUUUGCAAUUCGACACUUCUGGUGUGCCUGUCAUAAUUACAUUGACCAAGGUUGGUAAGCACUACAUUGUUGAUGCCACCUCGGAGGAGGAAUCGCAGAUGAGUUCUGCGGUUUCCGUUUCAGUCAACAGCCAUGGCCAGAUAUGUGGGUUAACCAAGAGGGGAGGCGCAGGGUUGGAUCCAAGCGUCAUUUUUGAUAUGAUAUCCGUGGCCAAGAAUGUAAGCCAACGGUUCUAUACUCUACUGGAAUCAGCAUUCGCAGCUGCUGAAGCAGUAGCGGAUGAGUAGAGAAAAAGCAUAGAAGAUACCGUGAUCACGCUGACCGCCCGUAGUUGACCUUGCUAAUGCCUCAGAAGAAUGUACUAUCUUGGUGCCGCAAUUGCCAAUGUUUUGCACAAGCUUUUGGUUUUGGUGUUAUGUUGUGUCGAGUGCCAUACGUUGGUGAAAUGUUUUGAUGUAUAAUUAUUUUGUUGUAGCUGUUCGGAGGUUGGAUUAGAUUUAAGCAUGAAACUCUGAUGGUUACUAGUAGUUCAACUGUUUCAGCAGUGUGAGUUAAGGCA